UAAACACUGCAGCUUUUUAAUAGGUGCAGUAAUAAAUAUGCUGCGUGCAUGUAAAAAUCGUACGAUAUGAGAUCCAGUCGGCGAAUUGAUGAAUGAAUGACUCGACUUGUGGACCGUGAUAAAGUGGAAUCACUACGAUAAAGUCAGCGAUUUUGGAACGGAUAUCAUAGUUGGAAAGGAAUAAGUAGUACUGAAUCACUCACAGUGUCCUUAUGAUUGACAGGGCUUCAACAAAGACAAUAAGGGAAAUCCCCCAGACACGCCCACUCUCGCAAGGCCACAAUCACAGAGAACAAUAGACUGCAGUAUAAUAUUCACAUCAUUGAUUGACACAGAGGUCAAGCAGAGGUCAAAGGUCAUUCAAUGAAGAUGGCACAGACGCCGGAGUAUGGAACGCCAUACACCCAAGACAAGGUCACCAAAGCCAAAGUUACACUGGAAAGCUUCUAUUCUAAUCUAUGGAUGCAGAAAGAAGAAAGGCUAACGAGACAAAAGAAGUUAGAAGAGGCAAUAUCAGGGCUGCCUGAAGAAGAUAAAAGGGAGAAAAGAACACAACAUGCUCAGAAAGAAACAGAAUUCCUCAGAUUAAAGAGGUCACGGUUAGGCUGUGAGGACUUUGAAUCGUUAAAGGUCAUAGGUCGCGGGGCCUUCGGUGAAGUGAGGCUAGUCCAAAAGAAAGACACCGGUCACAUCUACGCCAUGAAGAUAUUAAGAAAGUGUGAUAUGCAUGAGAAAGAACAGGUUGCCCAUGUACGAGCGGAGCGUGAUAUACUUGUAGAAGCCGAUAAUCCUUGGGUUGUCAAGAUGUAUUAUUCCUUCCAAGAUCCAUACAACUUAUACCUCAUAAUGGAGUUUCUUCCAGGGGGCGAUAUGAUGACGUUACUCAUGAAGCGAGAGACGUUGUCGGAGGAAGUCACUUUAUUCUACAUAGCUGAAACAAUAAUGGCAAUCAACUCUAUUCAUAAACUCAAUUUCAUUCACAGAGAUAUCAAGCCAGAUAAUCUUCUAUUAGAUGCAAGGGGGCACAUAAAACUCUCAGAUUUUGGUCUAUGUACUGGUCUCAAGAAGUCACACAGAACUGAAUUCUAUAGAGAUUUAUCACAAGCAAGACCCAGUGACUUUUCUGCUAGUUCCUGUAAACCUAUGGAUUCCAAGAGGCUAGCAGAGAGCUGGAAGAGAAACAGGAGAGCUUUGGCAUAUUCAACGGUCGGCACGCCCGACUACAUCGCCCCCGAAGUAUUCCUCCAGACGGGCUACUCCCAUGUGUGUGAUUGGUGGUCGUUAGGCGUGGUCAUGUACGAGAUGCUGAUUGGUUACCCACCCUUCUGCUCCGAAACCCCUCAGGAAACGUACAGAAAGGUCAUGCACUGGAGAGAAACGCUCCAGUUCCCGGUCGAGAUUCCAAUAUCAAACGAAGCCAAAAAUAUGAUCCAAAGAUUUUGUUGUGAAUCCGAUAAGAGAAUCGGUAAGAACGGUGUAGAGGAGAUCAAAUCCCAUGCGUUCUUUCAUGGCGUUGACUGGGAGCACAUCAGGGAACGACCGGCAGCCAUACCGAUAAAUAUCAAGAGCUUCGAAGACACAUCCAACUUCGACGAGUUCCCUGAAAUCGAACUCAAACCAAUUACACCACCACAAGCCACGGGCGAACACAUGAAAGACUGGGUCUUCAUUAACUACACAUUCAAGAGAUUUGAAGGGUUAACGCAACGAGGGAUGGGUCAACGCCAGUCAACCAGCCUCAUCAGGUGAAGACGAGUUGCCGUGGAAACAGCAAUCUUCGUCAGCCCCACCCCACCCUUCCCCUCCGUGCACCUGCAGGGCACAAUCUGAAGAGGUCACACUUAGAGAUAUUCUUUGCUUUAAUUCUCGCUACUGCAAUUUGUGUGACUAUGGCUUCACGAAACUUGCCAAAGCAAAGGCACAUCGGGUUCCAAUGCAGAUGAAGAGACUGAUAGGUUCGAAAAUCAAUUCAUAUUAGGAUUUAUUGAGGGAUUACUCAAUCCCCCUAUUUAAUAGUUAAUGAUAUUCAAUAUUGUCUCGAUACAUUUAAAGGCUACCGCACACCUUACGACGGGUCCACGAUCCGAUUUUGGAACA